GGGGGCCCCCGCAAGACCAGCCUGGCUGUCUUCCAUCCCGCGCUGGGGCCCAGCUACCCCCAGGGUCCCCUCGGCCGCGCGCGCUUCCUGAAGCCCUCGCUGGACGAGCCCAGCCUGGUGCUGGGGCCGCUGAUCCCGUCCGACGACGACACCUACACCUGUGAGUUCGCCACCUUCCCCCAUGGCAACGAGGACGGCGUCACCCGCCUGCUUGUGCUUGCGCGGCCUAGCGUCUCAGCGGAGUCGCGGGAGGUGCGUGCCGGGGGCGCGUCAACGCCGGUGGCUGUGUGCACUGCGGCUGGGGCGAACGCAGGGGCUCCGGGGGGCCGGACGUACCCCCCCGAGGUGACCAUUGACGGCUAUGACGACAACUGGUACCUGAGCCGCAGCGAUGCCAUCCUGACCUGCGUCGCCAAGGGCAAUCCUGCGCCCUCCCAGUACAGCUGGAGCACGAGCGCGGGCGGGCCCCUGCCCCCGGCGGCGGAGGUGCGCGGGCCGCAGCUCCUGGUGCGCUCCGUGGACGCGUCUGUGAACACGACCUUCGUCUGCCGCGUCUCCAACCGCGUCGGCACCAGCGCAGCUGAGCAGCUCAUCCUGGUGCGCGCGCACCCCAACACAGACGGUGCAGGCGCCACAGGCGGCAUCAUCGGGGGCCUCAUCGCGGCAGUCGUGGCUGUGGCAGUCGUGGCCACCGGGGUCCUCAUCUGCCGGCAGCAGCAGAAGGACCGGACGGAGCGGGAUGACGACUUGGAUGGGCCCCCGGCCUACAAGCCACCCACGACCUGCAUGAAGCUGGAGGACGUGGAGCUGGCCCCCCCUGCGCCCGAGCAGCUGAAGACGCCGUACUUCGAGCCCAGCGUUGCUGACAGCCGGGCUGCGCCGCGGUACCACGAGCUGCCGACACUGGAGGAGCCGGAGGAGGAGCUGGGGCCCGAGCCCGGCCUGGCCGACGCCUGCCUGGACCAGAUCAACCCCAUCUACGACGCGCUGGUGCUGGUGGACGACGAGGCCUCGGCCCCCCUGCGCGAGCGCGACCCCCCCUUUUUCAUGUCCCGCGCCAUGUACGUUUGAUGCCCCCCCGCCCCGAUCCUGAUCCCAGACAAUGUGAACGCGCUUCGUGCCGGGGGCCGGGCCUGUGCCUUGUGCAGCUGCUGCUGCUCCCUGCGCUCCUCGCAGCGUGCGGGUCUCAGCGCCCCCUGCGCGGCCGGGGAGGGGGCGGGGUUGCUGUUUCCUGGGUUUUUGGUGCCUUUGGGGCUUCAGGCUCUCGCUGCUGGGUUGGGGCUGACGGGGUCCUGCCCGGGGGGCCGGGGCCCUCGCUGCUGUGGUCGGUGCCCCCCUCCGCGUGCCUUUGCAAACACUACUGGGGGGCCGUCUGCCCCCCGAAGCCAUUGCCCUGCUGCUGCCCGGCCCCGCGGGGUGACUCAGGGUCGGGGUCACGGGUCAUUUCUGGGCUUUACCUUGUUUUUGUAUUUGUUGCGUUUUCUUAAAAUAAAGGUUUGCCGGA